CAGCCUCGCAGGGGCGGGAGGGACGGCGCACACUGGCGCAGAGAGGCGCGCGCUGGCGCUGGAGUGGAGCGCGGCUCGCCGCACAGCCUAAUCAGAGGGCAGCAGCAGCGGAGCGCCGCAAACAUGAGCGGCUCGCGAUAAGCUUAUAGAGAAAGAGGCAGCAGCAGCAGCAGCUCUUAGGAGUCCGUGCUUCGCUCCGCGCGGCGUCCUGCGCGCCUGCAGCUCUGUUGGGGGGGCGGGGAAAGCGGGACGGCUCGCUACAGUAGGAAUGUGCACUUCAUUGCGCGGUGCGCGCGCGUUCUCGCACUUGCGCGCUUGUUGAGGCGGCAACUUCUUCUUGGCGAACACGCGAAUACUGAGCUGUGCUACCAGUUCGCGUCUUAGCUUAGCCUGCAAAUACGCUGCCACCUCUCUCUGGAUGGAAAUACCUGUAUGAGUUCAGUUUUUUUCUGGGUUAUUUGCAAAGACCUGUGGUUUGAAACGGCUCACCUCUACUGGCUGCCGCUCACUUUUCUCCUCAAGAUCAGGUGUAGUACUACAACGUUGUUUUUGUACAGAUUACUGUACAUUUUUAAGUGAGCGUCGGCCACACUGACUGACAUUAAUAGUAAUGUUGGCGCACGAACGUACUGUGUUUUUUAAAACUUUCAUGUGUUCGCGUAUUAUUAUUGGGAACCAAGUAAAUGGACUUUUUUCAGUGCCCAGACACUUCUGAGAUCAGCGCAAAGAUUCCUGGAAGGCUGUUACUGUGUUAGUUCGCACUGUGGAGUUUAGGAAAGUGUCCGUCCAGCCGAACAUCCUGAGGUAAAUGAGCGCCGAGUGAAUUUGUCGGACAGUGGAGACGGGCGCGCGCGCCGAGUGGAGCCGCUGUCCUCGCGCCCAGUGCUGAGCAGCGACGCGCUCGCGCUCCAUAAAUGCCCGGUCCACUGCGGGGACUCGAAGCUGCGCGGCACGAUGAGCGCGUGGGUCCUGCAGCUCGCGCUGCUGACGGCUUCCUUGCGCUUCGCUAACGCGCAGGGCGACCCGCUGCCCCUGGCCUUGGUGGAACUUGUAAGGAGCAGCCCCAUCAACUCCAUUGAGGACUUACAGCUGCUGCUGCUGAGCGACUCCGCAGAGGAGGAGCCAGACAAUCAGUUACACAUUAAGGGCCUUCACUCCAAUGACACGAUCAAUCGAAUUCCCAGAAGUCUUGAGCCCCAGCCAGCGCAACAGGCCCUGUGCAAGGUGCGCACGGAGGUGCUGGAGGUGACUCGCACCAUGUUGGAUCGGCGCAAUGCCAACUUCCUCCUGUGGCCACCCUGUGUGGAGGUGCAACGCUGCUCUGGCUGUUGCAAUGCCAGGACUGUGCAGUGCAUGCCCACAGUCACCCACAUGCGCUACCUGCAGGUGAUGAAGAUCCAAUAUGUCAACAAGCAGCCACACUAUGAAAAGGCAGUUAUAUCCGUUGUGGACCACAUAGAAUGCCGCUGCCAGAUUGAAGCCCCAGCUAAGGGCCAACGAACAUCCCACAAGAGACCACCUCACCGCAGGAAGAAUUCUAGGGGCCCCGAGUCCAGAGUUCAUUCGAAGGAAGAGCUGCAUCGACAAGAUGAGCACAAACAGCAUCAGAAAAUUCAGUUUGGGGAAGGAGGUGUGUGGCCGCAAAAAUUCGGCCGCAUGCAGACACUGGCCACGCAGACUGAGGUGCACGUGGUUGCAGGGCAUUACCAAACACACCCUUGGGAGGUGCAGACUAAUCAGACUCCACUACAGGGAUCACACACUAAUCACACGGGGAAACUGCAAGACGCAGGGUUAUUGUGGCAACCUGAUUUGCGGUACCAAGCAAUGGAGGAGAGCAGUACCCAAGCGACUCAGGGGCUCGCAGAGACCGAAAGGCCAUCUCCAAGUCUCCACGUGCUGCGGGGUUCCCAGGUUCCAGAACCCACCCGGAAAGGCAGCGUGGAGUGGGCUUCCCAGCGUGACCGUGGCUUCUCGUCGGCAGAGGGCGAGCCAGAGGUGCAUGGGGUGGAGCCCAAGCUGCACCAGACUCACGAACGAGCAGGGGAAACUAGGCAAGAGGGUCGCCCCAACGACAGACACAGUGGGGUCUUGGAAACAGAGGGCAGCCAAUUCCAGGAAUCAGAGCAGCUGCACGUUUUGCAAAGUGAGAAACAAGAACUUUUGCUGCUCCAAAGAAAGCUCGAUGAGGAGAAACGUUUGUUAGAACUCCACCAGAACCAGCAUAGUCAUCAUCACCAUCGUCAUCAUCAAACACAGACAACUACACAAAGUGCAGUUACAUCCCCCCCGGCGUCUAUGCAACCACCGCCUGCACAGCAUACCGUCAAGCCCCCCCCAGGCCACAGCCGCCCGAAGAAGAGGAAGCACAAAAACAGAAACCGGAUAAGCAAGGCUGCCAUGAGGGCAAUUCUGAUGUAAAGCAACUGGGCUUAUUGGUGAGAGACGCAGAAAUUUUAUGUGGCCGCGACAGCAUCGUUUCUUGCGGAGCAUUUGUGGAUGAAACUUUGAGACCGUUAGGGGAACACUGUGGCCGUGUGGGUGAAAUUUUUGAAACCAUCGCUGAAAAUAGUGAGUGUAACAUACUGGUGGCUGCAGCUAUAAUAUUACUAAUGAUUGUGCGAGGAAAAAAUAAGCACCUUAGUAAGGAAAUCGUGUUAAAACUGUUGUGGAAAUGCACGGGACAUCCGUGUUAAAUGUUAUACUGGAGCAACAGGGAAUCACAGCCUGCGAGGGCCAUGGAGGGCUGUGCGUGCAUCACUGUGAGCUGUGGAGCUCAGCGGGGAACACAGCAAGCUGGGUUGUGAGGAGCUGCAGCAAGGGCCAGCGGGAGCAUGAGAAGAGUCAACUCAGCACCCAGCAGUGAUGAUCCGUCAAAUGAAACGAGAAACUUGAAUUUGUCCCAGGUUCAAGUGCACAACCUGCAGUCCACAAAGGACAGUCCACCGAAGAAGCUACCAGAGCUGCUUUUAGAGUGAAGAAAAGGCUGAAUCUGAAGAAACUCUCUGGGGUUCAAGCUGGAGGAAAAUAUGAAAAUGUGGGAGAGAUGGACACCUUUAACUCGGACAGCCUGGCAUCGCUGUCGCAGUAUCACGGGAGGAAAAAAAUUUUAUUGAGUUCAUACACACUGGAUGACUAAAGGGGGCUUAAAAUCUUAAGACAAAGGUGUCCAUUCCAUUCCAUUUAACCUUAAAACUGGGUUCUGUUAAAGUGGAAAUGUUAAUUAUUUUCUCAUCUCACUCAUUACUUUUGUACUCUGAAUUAUUUCAGUCACUUGAUUUCAUUCCGUAAUUUUUGCUGAGGAAAUAGUAUUUUAUUACAGCGCUGCUGCCCAAAAAAACAAAUAAUCUCAAACAAUUAGCAGAGUAUGUCUAGACGAGGCACGUGAAGAAAGAAACAGGAAGCAACAGCGCUGAUGGAAGUUUACUGAUCGAAACUCUUCUGUAAAUGGUAACGCAGGGGAAUCCCAGCAUGCCUCCAAGUAUUCCCCUGUGUUACUGAAAGUCCUUUUAAUAAUAACAGUGUUGGAAAAAGGAGGAGGGUGUGUACAAUCGAGUACCGCCUUGAGUAAAAGAGGCACAGUGCAGAAGGUUAAUCUGGCCUCUACAACCGGUAAAACAAGGUCCACUAAAAGGUCUUUGUGUACGGCCUGUAGGUGCUGUGCCUUCGGUGAUAGUGCUUUGGUACUGAUUGCUACCAGGGCUGAAAAAAAAAAGUUUUCAAUGUGUGUGCGUCUAUGUGAGUGUGUUUCUGCGUAAACAAACAGUACCAGUCAAAAGUUUGAGUAUACCUGUGUAAUCUGACCCCUACUUCUAGGAGAUGAAACAGAUGAGUAAAAAGCAGUGUAGCUCAGAAGUGUCCUACAUCUCUGGGAAGUGUGCUACGGAAGAGCUGGGGAGACCUGGUGCCUCAUUUCUUGCUGGAUCUUUCUAACCAAAUGCCAUGUGGGAAAAACCAGUUUUCAGAAUGUGAACUCAAACUUUUGACUGGUACUACACAUACACACACACACACACACACACACACACACA